AUGUAUAUCAGCGAAGAAGAUAGUGGGGACGACGGCGGUUGCCGUCUGAUCUCCGUACGUCAGUGCGUCGACGUCGACGAAGCGCGCGAGACGUCGCGGCGAUCAGAAGAACAAGUCAACGACGACGUGGAGCGUCGCGAGGACGACGACGACGUGACGACGCUGGAGAUCGACAAGCAAACCGUGCCAUCAGGCAUCCAAAACAAAGUCAAUGAUUUCGAAUCACCGCCAAAAAAACCACCGCGAGAAUUUCGCAAGAAUCAAUCCUUGAAGGGUCCUUCGCGAAUUGUUCAUGAUGUGCACGCGUUUAAAGGAUCUCGAAGCGCGAGUUUUGCCUUGAGUCAAGAGGUUCACGGGACGGCGACGUCCGAAGCUCUGGAGAUUAUCGAUGGCAGAAACACCGUGGAGGAGGAUGGACAUACGACGGUGGUGAAUCCGCAGUAUCGCGACACGUUGACGCGCUCUAUCCAGGCGUCCUCCAGGAUCGAGGCACGAAGACGCGUCUUGAGGAGAAGCGUCUCCGCGCCUGGAACCGGUGAGCAGAUCCCUGCGAAUGAUUCCUCGAGGAACCAAAGCGACGAGGCGACGAAGGAUACCAAAGAGCACACUUGCGUCGAAAAUUCGUCUUUAGAAGGAAGUGUGUCCCCUUCCUCAAAUCACGACGUCACCGACAGCGUUCAGGCAACAAGAUAUCGUUCGAAGAUUGAAUCACGGUCGGGUAGAUCGCAAGAAUUUGCGACGAAAACGGAGCAGUUGAUCGCUAGACGGAUCGUGCCGCAGCUCGAUCUCGCACGGCGUACGAGAGCCUCGUCUUUCGUGAUCGAACGAAAGAGACAUCGACCAGGUUCGAGAGCAUUUUCGAGAUCCACCGAGGAUCUGUCACAGUGCACGAUAACGAACGACGCGAGUGCCGAUGGAAUGCGGAAUUGCGGCAGCACCGUGGCGGGUGUCGAUGAGGAGGGAGGUUGCGUUCUGCUUGGGAUGCGAUUGCUCGAAGACGCACCCCAAAUCAUCCUGGUGUCUCGGCAGGACGGCAGAUGCACCAGAAGAGAUCGCGAGCGAGCGAGGCUUCUGAGACGCAGGAGAGUCAACGGCAGAUCAUCCUCGGUGCCCAGAUUGAACAGACACCUCGACAAGGGAAGCGAUCUUGCCGAGGCGGCGAGCGCAAGCGGACUUCGGGAGCUCGCGAGAUCUUUGAAGCAGCACCUACGAGGAUUCGGCUCCCGCUUGGAAGAUAGACGGGAAUACCUGGAGGACACAUCGAGAUGUUGUCUCCUACAGGAUCGCGCCUACGAGUGGGCGCAGGAAGCUCGACUAGCGAGCGAGAGGAGGUCUCAGCAAUUCUUGAUGGCGAGACCACCUCUACCACCCGAACACUUCACCGAGAUGAUGGCUCUAGCAGAGAAGCUCGGUAACGAAGUCCUUCUAGACCAAUGUCGUAUUGCCCGGAAUAAAUGCGCGGAAGCCCUCGAGAUUGCCAGGACCACGUCCGCUCCAGGAAGUCCUGCGAGGAGAAGAUCCUUCAUCGCUUCCGAGUCGACUUCUUGGGACGAUACCUUGGCUAAAAGAACAUCCUGGGACGACAGCGACAGCAGCGCGUCUUAUGCUUGUCCGAUGGAAAGCGUCGGAUCAGGUGGUAGCGGUGGUCGACCGGUGUUGGACAACAUCGCCGAACUUCGAGAGAGUGCCGAACAACUUUUAGACUGUUCACCACCACGUACACCACCGCGAAGUCCGGCACCACGAAGGCUGGUUAAGCCACCAGUAAACUCGCACCUUCACAGAUCAGCUAGUAUCGCGCCAGGAAUGAAGGCGAAAAAAACAAUACUGCUCAUAAUGAGGGAGAUGAUACAGACUGAACGAGACUACGUAAAGUCCCUCGAAUAUAUAAUAGAGAAUUAUAUUCCGGAACUCGUACGGGAGGAUAUCCCACAAGCUCUCAGAGGACAGAGAAACGUAAUCUUCGGGAAUGUUGAGAAGAUAUACGAGUUUCAUAGUCAACACUUUCUACGCGAACUAGAACAGUGCGAGCAAUCGCCGAUGCUGGUGGGACAAUCUUUCCUCCGACACGAGAAGAAAUUUUAUCUUUACGCCUUGUACAAUAAAAAUAAACCAAAUUCCGAUUCGCUAAUGGCAGAAUACGGCACGAGUUUCUUCAAACAGAAACAAUUAGAAUUGGGAGAUAAAAUGGACUUAGCUAGCUAUUUACUGAAGCCGGUUCAGCGAAUGGGAAAAUACGCCUUGCUACUUCAGCAGCUGGUCAAAGCUGGCACAGAUUUAUCGGAACAAUUGUCUGGCAAAGAAGAGAAGGAGGAGAAGGAAGAUGGUAUGAAACCGAUGGUCGAAGGUGAAGCGGAUUUGAGGGCUGCCGAGCAGAUGGUACGAUUUCAGCUUCGACAUGGGAACGAUCUUUUGGCAAUGGAUUCACUUCGUGAUUGUGAUGUAAAUGUAAAAGAACAAGGCAGGCUGCUACGGCAAAAUGAAUUUUUAGUUUGGCAAGGAAAAGGUAAAAAAUGCCUACGACAAGUAUUCCUGUUCGAAGAUCUUAUACUCUUCAGUAAAGCAAGAAGAUUUCCCGAUAGGAAGAAUCUUGAUAUUUACAUCUAUAAACAUAGUAUUAAAACGACAGAUAUCGGUUUAACAGCCGUUAUCGCAGAUUCGCCUACAAAAUUCGAAAUCUGGUUCCGCAAGAGGAAACCAGGAGAUACAUACACGUUACAAUGCGCAAGUGAAGAUAUUAAGAAAGCCUGGACCGAAGAACUGAGCAACCUCCUGUGGAAGCAGGCGCUUCGAAACAGAGAAGUGCGCCUGGCAGAAAUGUCGAGCAUGGGCAUUGGGAAUAAGCCGUGUUUAGAUAUAAGGCCUAGUGCAGAUCAGAUAAAUGAUCGCUCCAUCAGUGUGGCUCAACUCUCUAAGACACCUAGAUUUAGAAACUCUAUAGCAGUGUCAAUGACGGAGGACUCCAGUCGUUGCAGCAGAAGGCCGCACAGCGUAAUUUCCGUUAGUUCAUCCUCGAGCAGCGGUGGAAGCAGUGGUCCUCCUACGACGCUUAAUCUUGGGUUAGAUACGAGUCCACGACCACAUCAUCGUAGUACUACACUGAAUAGUCAGUGCAGCGUCGAAAGUGGUAUUAUCGCCGAUAUCUCAAUCGUGUCGGAUGAUGGAGGUGACGGCACUGAAAGAAGUCAUUGGAAUUCAACUCUGGAAAGUCCUACGUCGCAUCUACCUACAACUUCCACCCCACUGCAGUCACCAACCAGCGCAACUGCGGCAACAGUUACCCCUGCUUCCUCGACGGAUACGAAUCUCACCUCUUAUGACCAAGACAUGUCUAUUAAUCUGUGAACUUUGUUUGACACGAGGGAAAAAACAAGUCUGUCAUUGAUUCACUUGCAAGUUUUUGUUACGAUUACAAAGAUGUAACACAUUAUCGUGGCAUAUUUAGAUAGGUAUAAUGAGGUAAUAUCGUUGCACGCGUACUGUAGCACUAGAAUACAUUGUACUCUUGAGCAACUAUAGUUUAAUGACGUAAUGGAAAAAAUAUAAAGCAUGCAAUUCGGUAGAUCACCGCAUUACGCUUAACACGUGUGCCCAGCUACAAACUUGUAAUCGUAUUACAUAAACGUAGAUUAUCUUAAAGUCGCGGAGAUGUGGUACCGAAUUUUAAUAUUUUUAACUUUCAAGUGAAUCCGUCUGUAAAUCUAUCUUUUGAUACGCUUUGAAAUAUCCAGAUUUAUGAGAAUAUAAAGCUAUUACUUAUGAAGCUCACUAAUAACCGGUUUCUGAAGUAAUGGCAACGUGUAUUUUCUUAUUCCGUCUAUUAAUUUUAUCAACGUGCUCAAGACAAGACAACCAUGUUCUAUCAGAUGUACUCUCAUAUGUCGAGAUAUGCUACAGUACCAUAAACGAUAUGCACUUGUCGCCAUCCUCAUUUACAUUGGCAUUCCUGAUUACAGCGGCGGAAAAUUUCGUGAAAUUUCCGAUGACUUAUGACAGAGCGAAAGAAAGAGAGAGAGCGAGAGAAAGAAGAGAGUUUUAUACAUUUAUUUAUAUUAUAGUUAAUAAAUAGUAAUAUUUCAAUUCCACAUUGUGUUCGCGCUUAUCUUUAUAUUAUAUUAAGGAAAAUAUAUGAUCAUCUUAAAAACAUAAUGCAUACAGAAAUUGAAGAAAAUAUAUAUUUUCCUUAAUAAUCAUCCAUAUUAUAUCGAUGUUAUCUCUCGAGGAGAUGCAUCUAAUAAGUUGAUU